AUGUUGGACGACGGGCGGUCGCAGAAUCCGGGCAAUGCUGUCGCCCCGUCUUUCACUGCGUCGUCAGAGAACCUGGAAGGUAGUCUCGACGCUUGGUCUUCCAGAUCCCGUUUCUCGUGGGCCCUCCCUAUCUCCUCUUUAUCUGUUCCUUCUUUCAUCGGUGGAUUAGUCCGUGCAGUUGAAUACCACGUCACUCUAAUUCGUGUGCUUACGUUUGAUGCACUAUUAUUUUGUUGCUCGCUGAUCGCUGCAUGGAAUCUUGUGUUGCCUGUUGUUCGUGGGGAAAGUGGUUCCCCUUUAGUUUCGCUUUACGUGUCCUUGCGUGAUGUAUACGUGAAGUAUAUCAGUGAAUUUACAGAGUAUGAUCGUCGCUCCUUUUGUUGUUCGUGGGGAAAGUGGUUCGCGUUGACGAACUAAAAAGAGUAUGAUCGUCACCCCUUUUGCAGAGUCAAUGUGGCGGUUGAAUAUUAAGGAUAAUCCGGGAGAACAGGAUACCAACGUCAAUCCUUACCCUGAUCGCCCAGAUGAACCUAAUUGCAGUUACUACAUGAGAACGGGGCAGUGUGGCUAUGGAAAUAACUGUCGCUUCAAUCAUCCUGCUCCUGUUGGCAAGGUGAUGACAUUCUGAAACUGGUUGAUCGUCAUCUAUCUUUUUUAUUAUGUUUGCAAAUUCACAGUCCAUCAUCAGAUCGCACUUGGCUGACAUCUGUGGCACUGCAGUCGGCUGUUUGGUUCAAUUGAAUCCAUUUGAUUUUUCAUCUGAGGCGUGGCUGCAAAGUAGCAUCAUAGAAAUAUCAUGCCUUUUUUUUUCUCGAGAAGUUUGUGCUAACAUGCUCUGGCUCUACAGGGGACACAUUACAGAGGGAGACUCCCAGAGAGAGAAGGGCAGCCUGAUUGCCAGGUAUGUGCUAACCAUCUUUCGUUCUUCAUCUGGAUAAUUAUCAAUUUUGAUACCAUUUUCUCCAGAAGAGCCCCCAGGAGCUUCAUGAUGAGUAUUCUUACAGACAAUUGUGUUUAGAGUCCGUUAAUAAAAGAAAUAGAUAUAUUUAUGUAUAUUAACACAAGAAAUCACCAUUGGUGAAUCCACGCAGACAUGGGACGUCGGAUCCAAAAGAAUAGUGUGCAUUCAUUUUCUCUAAAAUUAAUUUUUCAGCAUUAGAAACAGAUAUUUUUCUCUGAUUGAAUAAAUAAUGAUUCCAGUUAAUGAUGUAUAGUCUUUAUCAUACCAUCUUUCCUAUCAAUUUACUUGAAAUUUUGUUAGUUACAUCUUCAUACUGCCAAACGAAAUAGUGCUUGUAUCCUGUAUUUAGAGGUCUUCCCAAACGAAAAGUACACAUUCUUGCCAGUUGAAUUAAUAGACGAUUAUUAAUAGACGCUUGAGAUUGUUCCUCUACCAAUGUAUCUCGACUUGUUCCUUGUUGUAUCUUAAUCCUAUCAAUCAGCAUUCGAGUACUUUCCCUGCACGUGUUGGGGAUGCUCAGGUUGAUCGGUACUCUAGCUGUUCCUUUUCAUAAGUUGAGGGGAGGGUUGAAGGCAUCAUUUGGCCAAUCUGGAAUCAUCAUUCUGCUAUCUGCGUCAUCACCAUGGAACUGUAAGCAUGCGGGAGUUUUAGGUGACAGGUGUUGCCAUCUCUAUUCCUCACUAGUUGCUUGGGUUAUAGAUAAGAUAGUCAGUUUCGCAGGUCAACAAUAGAAAAAACCACAACAUCUAUGGCACCAGACACAGGCAUCCUAUAUCCCCUGUCAGACUUAAUUGGUCACUUGCACGUUCACCAGGGGACGACAAGCCUUUCUUAGAUAUGUGAUGGUGCCGCUAGAAAUAAAUAGGUAAAUUAAGAGUCUGAUGUCUCAUUGGCAAUUAUUAUGGGAAUUUAUUUUUUUCUCUAGGUUUCAUGGAUUUAAUAUUUUAAAAGUGUGGCACAGAGGGAAUGAUUUUUUUCUAGAAAAAUCCCUGCGAGGAGGGGCCCAAGCUCUAUUGUUGCCCUAUUUCGUAGAAUGGUAACCGAAUGCUUAUUGCCAUUUCCAUUGUAUCACCUUCCAUUCUUUCUUGGGAUGUGAGAUCUGAGGUUUGUUGGGCAGGUUUGUUUACUUCUGGCUUCCAUCUCGUACAUGCUAUUAGAAUGAAUAUAUAUCUGCACUCUUUAUAAAUUCACAUCUGUAUUAAAAGUAAUUGAAAACGUUCCCAAACAACUCAAUCUGAUGCGAAGUUGUGAAAUACGAAUCAUAAAAUCAAUGUUCUUCUCGUGGAGGAAAUGUAGGACUACAACCCGUUGUAUAAUGGAAAUGAGAGGAGAAUACCCAAGAAAUGAGAAAUAAGAUGCCCCAAAGUAGAAUUUCCCAGAAUCUUUGAUGGAAUUCAAUAAUAAAUAGAGAACAUAUGAGCUCAAGAUUAGUAUUAUCUUCAUAAAACUUACUCAAAUAAGCUUUAUAAAUUUCGGAAGUAAUGUUAAAAAGGCAUGCACAGAUGAAGACAUAUAGAUAAACUCAAAUUGAUGGGCAAGAACACUACUGCACCCAAAGCAAACAAUGCAAUUUCUGGCCAUCUACUGCUGCCAUUCUUCCUUAAACAGAAGCCCAUGGAGGAACAGUCAUCUAUUUCCUUGCAAAGUGUCUCAGCAACUAACUGUGUCAUCUUCUAUGGAAUUGUGCAAUUAUUUCGUACCACUUUUGAACUGUUUUUAAUUUUCUUUGGGAACCUGUGUUAGUUUUUGUGACUGGAAAAUUUCUCUGCUUAUUUUGUACACUAUUAGCAUGAUUCUUACGUUACAAAGAAAUUUCCUUAUUCGACUUUCUUUGAAUGGACAAUUCUCAGCACGAACUGUCACAGCGGUCAAUGCCUUUCUGACCAUUAAAGAUAGAGAAGAUGAGGAAAGGAAAUUGGAUCCAAUUUCUGCAGUCCUGCCCGAGAAUUUGAAGUUUUCACUUGAAUAGGCAUAGUUGUCAGCGAACAUAAUAUGAAUCUACAAACAUACCCGAAGGAUCAGAACCAAGUUAAAACAUUCUAAGAUUAACUAAUCCCAUCUUUUAUGCACCCUCCCAUGAUUGAAUUCAACAGAAGCUUUGGAUAAAAAGGUUUAAAGUGUUCUUCACCUGUGAGGAAGCAACACUGAUUGUGGGUGCCUAUAGGCAAUGGUGGUAGGUUUCCUGUUCCAUAAUUUUCUAUUCUUCUCACCUUUUGAUAAUUUCCUCCCCCAGUAUCAUCAUCCUCUGGCAGCUGAAUUGUCCUUUUCUUUUUGUCAAUCUUACAAUAUAUAGGAGAAUGUGGAUUUUUCCCUUGAAAUAGAAGCGGCUAUUGCUGACAUUGUAAACAAUAGAAUGACUCCUACGAUUUAUGCUACAUCCGUCGACAUUAGCCAGUCCACCAUUGCAUCCACUAUCUGUGAUCCCCCUAAAGUUGUUGUUCAUCUUUGAUCAUUCAUGUCACUUGACAGCCUCUUGCAUCUGUCUUUCUUUUCUCUUUCUGGCAUGUCAGUAAUUUUUUAUGGCUAUUGGUACAAAUUUUUGCCUCAUCCUGGAGCACGCUCUAUUCCACUGCUAGGCAGUAAAAUUUUGGGGCAAAGGAGGGGAUAUAUUUUUGCAUCUGGGUCAUCUCAUAUCCUGGGCCAGAAGCAUACGAAGUUGGGAGGAACAAGCCCACUGGUUUACUGUAGUGUAGUAACGCUAUCUUGACAUCUGAAUAAUUUUGGUUUUUUUUUUUGGAACUAGUGAUCUUUUGUCCUUCUGAAGGACUGGACAUAAUAUUUUUUAUUGGACCUAUGAAUGGUCUCUUUGCGUUUAUUUAAAUUUGAACCUUCCAGACUAAUUUAAGCCUUCCAUCCAAAACAAGACCCAUCCUUGUGAUAUAAUGAAAAGACCAAAAGAAAUGCUAUUUCACAAGGUCUUGAUAGAAAUUUGAGUCCCAAUCUAGAUCUUUAAGAAUGCAUGGGAUCAGGUUCCUUUAUGGGAUGAACCCCAUUUAUAAAAUCUAGCUCUGGAAAGAGAAGGUGAGAAAGAUUGUUCGAGGAAUGAGGUUUUUUGAGGAUUAUGAUGGUGAGGAGAAGCAGAUGAUGACUGUUGGUUCUAGACGAUUAUGCAUUGUGCAGCUCUAUGUGCCCUCAUCAAAUACUGUUGACUUUUGGUGCUAUCAAGAAGCAGUGUAGCUGUCCUUUUAAUAUUCCAACUCAAGUUGAGCUGCAAACGUUUCUUUUCAGUUUUUUGGUGUUCACCUCAGCUUGAUGAGGAUGCAAUCCCCCCUUAAAUGAUGGUGAAAAUUUCUUAACAACUUUACUAUUCAUUUGAUUGAAAAAUCAAAAUCAAAAUAUGUAAGAGGCACUAUCUCUUAUCUCCUUUCAGUUAUUUGACUGUGUUAUGAGAGAAAUGCAUUUAAAUGAUAUUCUUUUUGACACGUGUGAAACUUGUGUUUAGAAAACACUAUGACUAACCAAAAGGCUUGAAUUAUUCUAUGUCCUUAGCCUUGAAUUUUCUCUGCAUAAACGGUCAUUAUGAAUUCACAUAAUUAUUAUCCAUGACAGACAGGUCUAAAUGGCAGAUUGUCGUACUUUAUAUAAAUGUUUUCCGAAAGAGAGGAAUCAGAAUGAUAAACGAUAUUCGAAUUUUUUUAUACCAAGUUUUCAAUUGUUCUAAACUUUAUAUUGAAUGAUGCUGACCUUACUUAACUGUGAUAUUCCUUUUUGAGAUAAUAAAACAAUAAUUUUCUAGGUAUUUUUAAAUUUUAGGUUUUAAUCAUGUAUUUUCUUCCUUAUAUGUACUCUCUGUGGUCGAAUUCUGUGGCACUUUCUUCUUCCUACCUGUUCAUCAUAAUGAAAUAAAGAUUGAUGUUGUAUUAUUUAGUUCAACCUUAUUGGAUAUCUCCAGACUAUGCAUGACCUUGACUGAACAACAGCCCACAGAAGACUGCAGUUCUCUUCAUGUCUUUCUCAUGAUUUCCAACAGACAACACAUACCUUCAUUUUCACUACUUAUUACUGCCUACCAUUGCUCUCUUCAUGUUUUAUUGCAUACGUACUUAGGGAUGAUUUUUUUCAUUUGUUUGGAAGAAUUAGGAAUGAUCAAAAGUCCUCUGUUAAAAGCAAUAAUGAUCCAACCGAAGACAGAACUGAGAUGCCUUGUAUCCCGUGGUGUAUGACAUUAUGCUUUUUAGAUACAUACAUCACAUAACAACCGCCUGACAUAUUUAUAGAAUCUUUUGUCCUCACUGGUCGUUUGCUUGGAUUGUUGUAUUAGAACUGCGAGCUAAUCAGAACCGCUUAGAGAUUAGUCAGAUAUUUGCGAUUGAGACAAGAAAAAUAUAUUCCAAAUACUUCGAAAAAUUAAAUUAAUUGAACAAUGAUCCAACAUUGGAGCUUAUUGGUUGAACACCUCGUUGGCUGCUAUAUGUAAUGGGACCUAACCGUUUGGAAUGUUUAGAAUUUUUUCAUGGGCCAUUGCUUGCUUAGGUGCCUUUGAAAAUAAAUCCACUUAUGUGUACUUGGUUCUUCAUGGAGAAAUACUGGACAAGGACAUCUGCAAGUUGCCAAGUGUUUUAUUCACUUUGUUAGGAGUAUAUAAACCCCAUGUUUCAUUUUAAUGUCAUACAAAGACCAAAAUUGAUUUCCGUUUUGACCAUUUCUCAAGAAAUGAUGCUGGAUCCUAUUGAGAGCUGGGAAAGCUGUUUAGUAUUCACGGGUUAUUCUUAUUCAGUAGAAAAGCUUAACCUGAUUCCCCUUGCAUUAUUGUGUAGCAUAAUAUCUCAUUGAUGUCCACUUGUUAGCCCUUAUUUGUAGAAGCAACUUACUCGAUUAUAAGUUGAUUACUUGAUCUCUCAAAUACCAUGGGAUUAGCUCAUGUGCUGCAGUAGGGUUCUCACCUUCAGAAACAUUCAAUAGAAUCUGAUUGGGCUAGGGGGCGAGUAGCACUGGGGUUGAAUGCAACUGUUUUGGCUUUAUAUCACCAGAAAGAUAGGAAAAUGUGAAAGGACAACAGCAUCCGUUAUUAUAGUUGAGAUAAGAGGUAUUUUCUUGAAAAAAUCAUUAUAAAAUAAUAUAGAUCGAAGAAAAAUGAUAGGAGGGUCGUAUCACGCAGCCACUUCAUGUCUGUUACUUAUUUAAUGAACCAGUCAGGAAUCAUAAAUAUUGUAACAUUGAUUCUCCAUAGUCUAGCAUUUUUGUGUUGGUCCUUCACUUAAAAUUCGACAUAAGCACGAAUUCUUAUUUAUACCAUGAAGGGGCGUAUGUUUUCCUAUAAAAUAUAGAAUAACCCUGCCAGAUUUUGGAUUUUACUUUCUAAAGCAGUUCAGGAAAAAGAUAGUAAAAGUUAUUUUAGAUCCAUAAAUUGUAAAAAUAAUUUUUGAAAAGAAUAGCCUCUUGAGGAAAAAGAUACACAUUCUAAUCGCCUUUCUUUGCAAUUUUCGUCCAUUCUAUAAAUGAGAAAAACAUAUUCAAGUAUUUAUUUCUAUUUAUGUUAUUUUAUUUUUAUGUUUUAUCUUGCAGUUUUUUCUCAAAACCGGAACUUGCAAAUACGGUAUCACAUGUAAAUAUCAUCAUCCACGUGACCGGCUCGUGGCAUUACAUGUGCCAUUGAACAUGCUGGGUCUACCUAUGCGUCAGGUAUGCAUUUUUUUUUUGGGUCAAGUGUCCACACCUAUUUUACUGUCUCCCUAUUUGUGUUGUGCUGAAUCAUUGAGCUGUGGUUGUAUUCAUAAAAAUUAUAGAUUCUAUUUGCCUAUGAUCCCUUUUACAAUUUUUACUCUUUUGUUGUUUCAGGAAGAAAAGUCAUGUCCUUAUUACAUGAGAAAUGGGUCCUGCAAAUUUGGAUUUGCUUGCAAGUUCCAUCACCCUGAACCUACUAUGGGAGCAGUCUUUCAUGAUGCAGCACCCUCAGUCUAUGAGUCGUCAGGAUCAGCUAUGGCAUCUCAAUCUGUAUCACCAUUUGUGGGAAGAAUUUCAUCAUGGACCCAAUUACCACAAUCUCCCUAUGUGACAACUCCAAAUUUGCAUGGCCUUCCAGCUUUUCUCCCUGUGAUUAUUUCGCCAUCUCAUAAUGUUGUGCCAACCCAACCAGCUUGGAACACCUAUGCGGUAGUGGCUAACCUUUGAACUUACAAGAAUCCAUGUUUGUGUUAUGUUCUUCUGGGUUUGUAUCAUUUACUUUUCACGUCUUGAUCGUGGUCCUUAUGGUGUCUUUACCACAUUCAUGGUGUUUCGAUAUUUUAUUGUGCAUUAGGGAUAUGUUUGCCAUCCAAAAUCCUGCAUGAUCUUGAAUCAUAUUAUGCAUAUUAUGGCAUGAAACUUUUUCUAUAUGCCCUCCUCUAUUGUGAUUGACGUACAAAAAUGCUUCCCUAAGGGUAAAGUAUGUCUAGAUCUUGUGAACUAACAACAUUUCUAACGCACUCAUUUUCCUUUUGCAUCACGAUCAAAUACCAAUCAUCGUAGAGCAUUUGAAGAUGUAGUGAUUAUUAACAAUCAAUGAUUUAUUCUACUGUCAAGAACAAAAAAUUUGUACGGUUAUAAAAAAGAAUUUUUGUUAACUAUUUUUUUUGACGUCUAGGAAAUCUAGGGAAUUUUCAAUUUAUACGAAAUACUAUGGUUACAAUAAUUGGAGUCUAAACGAAGUUCCAUUGUGAAAUAGCAAAGAAAAUCUGCGAUUACUGACUGCCCUUGAUCUCGAAUAAUUUCAAUCUUGAUCUUUACCAGGUGUUCUGAAUUCUUGAUAUGUAUGGCUUUUUGCCAGGUAUCAGACCUAGUUUUCUUUAUUAUGUAGAAUAGUGUUAUCAGACAGCAAUCAUUUUUAGAAGGUUUCUUGACAUGGGUUUAUACUAAAAGCCAGAUGGAUCCUACAGUUGGAGGCGCAUUUACAGUUUGGCGAAAUCUCACGGAAGUUGUUGUUGAAUCAUUAAGAAAAAGUAAGGACUAAUUGUAGAGAACGGCAAUAGAUAGUGAUCAAUCAUCCCCAAACGAAACAGUUAUUCAACUUUACUGUCUUAGUGAUAAGGCAAGGCCUUUGUUGGAGACAAGUUGCAACCUUCAAUUUUGAGGAUUGUUAGAAUGGAAAAUUUUCGCCUAAGUUUGUGUAUGGUCAGAGAAAGGAAAUAAAACACCUUGGAGAUAGAAAUGAAGGUAGCAUUAUCAUGACAAAUCCUUCUGCAUUUUUUUCCUUGCAGCUGCACAGUUCGGUGGCACUGGCUAGAUUGAUAGACAUUCGUCCUCAUUUAAGACAGAAUAUUUGUAUAGAAAAUAAUCUGCAAAUGACUAUUGAAGUAUUAUCGACUUUUAAAUGCAAAAACUGCCGGAAAUGAGUUGCUGAUUGAGUCCCAUCCACACAGGAAAACUGAUCGUUGGGAUGAUUGUGGGAUUAUGUAGCCGAUAGAAAGGCAGAAACAGAUUGUUGUUGCGGUAUAACUUUGGGCGAGUGAGUAGUCCUUCUAGAGUGAAUAGAGGUUGUGGGCGCUAUUACUGGGUCUUCUUCUUUACAUGGUGCGCUUAUUUACUUCUACCAGUGUAUUCCCAAAAUAAUAAGCAUAAUCUCUGAUCACAAGCAAUAAAUUUUGAAGGAAACAAGCCCUCGUUGUAUUUUUGAAAGGUUCUUUUUUGUACAAUGUUAUGAGUUAAUUGGGAGUAAAGAGCCAGAGUUCUAUGAAAAAAUAAGCCAAUAAAGCUUAUGUGGAGGAUUGGAAACAGCCCAAUUUGGCAAUCCUAUUGGGAUUUCCACUGCCUUUUGAUCAUCAUACUUAAAACUAUAUUAUUUUUGUUUAAAAUCCUUUUUUUCGAUGAAGUCAUUCCAUUUUGCCAGAGGUUAUUUCUUAGAGGCUUGGAGACUUUUCGCCUCUUUUUUUUUUAACCAUGAAUUCAAAAUAAAAAAGGAACUGGAGCUGUCGACGAUAUUCCAACCCAUGACAGAGGCAUAUUCUGUUGCCUAUGUCAUUUUGUUUUUAAGCAAAUGCGUGACUUCUGAAUUUCUGCUCUUUUAGCAGGUGCUGCUUCAAAAGUUUUUACUCCUGUUCUGGCUGUAUUUACAUUAUCAGUGGUAUCUCAUUUUUUCUGUUGAACUCAAUACUAGUUCACAACCGCUUUGGAUUCAUGAUAUGAAUUAUAAGAUGCGUGGCUGUUGACGGAUAAAUUUUAGACCUCUCCAUUGCUUUUGUAAUUUGUCUCACUUUUCGAUGGCCAACUGAAAAUUUCUCAUUUCGAAGCUCACCUCUAUUAUGCUGCACAAAAUUGCAAUAUUUUCACAAAUAAUGCAUGAGUUUAAUAAAGUUUCUGGCCAUUGAUUUUAUCAUCAUCGAUUUGACAUAUGAUCGCCUACCUGGUUCUAAAAUUACUUGAGAUUCGCAGUUCAUGCUCCUUGGCUAUGCCGUUACUUGAUUGGAUUUGUGUUUCUGACUGUAUGGCUUACCUUAAAGACUGAAUCCUAAUAUCAACUAAAAAGGGACUAAAUUCAUAUCUAUCGUACAUUGCUUGAGUUAAAGAUUGGUUUAAGUUUGGAACAAAAGGUUCCCUCCUGUUCUUGUGUUUGUGGAAGCACACCAUGACCUGUGUUAUUUGCCUGAAUCAGGGUGCUGUGAACCCCGGUGAUGUGCCUGGACAAGAUCACCUCCCAAACUCCAACCCCCAAAUGCAGUUAAGUUCAAUCCCGCAAGCUGUUCUCCCAGAGAGACCUGACCAGCCCGAGUGUCAAUACUUCCUGAAAACUGGGAGAUGCAAAUAUGGACCAGCUUGCAAGUACCAUCAUCCGAGAGAGAAGAUUCCUUCAUCGAAUCCAGGCCCCAUCGGCCCACACAUGCUUCCCUUAAGACCAGUAAAUCUGACAUAUUUGGAUUGCUUUUCUGAUUAAAACUCUUCAAGCUGCCCCGAAUUACUCAUCUGGGUUCUUCUUGCUUGUCAUUUUUGUGGUUUUGUUAUGAAGGGUCAGGCCGUGUGCACGUUUUACAGGACAUAUGGAAGCUGCAAAUAUGGCUCAGCAUGCAAAUUUGACCAUCCAUAUGCAUGGCCCGGAUACUAUGGUUACACUGCGUACCACCCUCCUUUCUCAACGUGGAGCCCAUCAUCCCUCAUCCCAUUUGAGAGAAGCUCACCGAUGAACAGGACAUCAUCCGGCACCACAGCUCCAGAGGCUUUCAAGGUGGCUGAUGGGUUCCCAAAUCCGGGGAUGACGAGCAAUGAGCAGACGGGGGCUGAUCUAGACUCACUAGAGGAUCAACCCGCUCAAGCUAUUUCUCCGUCGCAGACUGCCCCUUCAUCAGGAUCCACACAGGAUCAUUCUGACUGA